AAGGUUUUUCUUCUUUCUCGCCCGAAGUUAAAUAGAAGUUUUACAAAAGUUAAAGGACAAUGUAGUGUAAGGCUAACUAUAGUACAGUUUGACACUAAAUAACAGACGUCUGCGUUUAAGAAAAUCGACCUUAUGUUUUUAUUCUUGUGAGAAAGUAAAGAAAAGAACAGGAUAAUUCACCAUUGUUCGAACUGGAUCGUCUAACGCUUCCCAGAUUUCCUGUUCCUGUGUGGAAGACUCCCAGAGGGCCGCUGAGGUGCAGUGACGCAAAAACACACAGUAGACGAACGCAGCCGAAUGGACUGGCGCUCAGGACUCUGCAGCUCUGUCUGACACUCAGAGGGGUCUCCUCCCCCUGUCCACACUCAGCAGAGGGACGCUCAGACCUGUAUUCCGUGACCUUUUUGUCUGGUUUGCCUAAUCCUAUUCAACCAAAGACUUUUUAUUUUAUUUUGGUGGCUCUUGGUUUUAAACAAAACCAUUUUUUUCCCGUGACAAAAACUCAUAUUAUGCACAUCGAUGGAUACCAGUGGCUCAGUGGUUAGCAUGGGAUCUGAGGAGCAGUCCUUUCAUGUCCGCUACAGGAUGGAGGUGUCCUGUCUGGAGCUGGCGUUGGAGGGUGAGCGGCUCUGUAAGGUGGGCGACUACAGGGCAGGGGUCUCCUUCUUCGAAGCGGCCAUCCAGGUGGGCACAGAGGACCUGCAGGUACUCAGUGCCAUCUACAGCCAGCUGGGCAAUGCCUACUUCCACCUGCAUGACCACGCCAAGGCCCUGGAGUUCCACCGGCAUGACCUCACCCUGACCAGGACCAUUGGUGACCUGCUUGGAGAAGCCAAAGCCAGCGGAAACCUUGGUAACACAUUGAAAGUGUUGGGGCGGUUUGACGAGGCUGUGGUUUGCUGUCAGAGGCACUUGGACAUAGCCAGAGACAUCAAUGAUAAGGUGGGUCAGGCGCGAGCUCUGUAUAACUUUGGGAAUGUUUACCACGCCAAAGGCAAAAGUAUCUGUUGGAGUGGAGCGGAGCCGGGAGACUUCCCAGAGGAGGUGAUGGAGGCCCUGGGGAAGGCUGCCGAGUAUUACGAGGCAAACUUGGCUAUAGUGAAGGAGCUUGGGGAUCGCGCUGCUCAGGGUCGAACCUAUGGUAACCUCGGCAACACGUACUACUUGUUGGGAAGCUUUCGCCAAGCGGUUGCUUCUCACGAACAGCGGUUGCGCAUAGCUAAGGAGUUUGGCGACCGCUCUGCAGAGAGACGGGCGUACUGCAACCUGGGGAACGCCUACAUCUUUUUGGGAGAAUUUGAAGUGGCAGCUGAACAUUACAAGAGGACACUGCAGCUGGCGAGGCAGCUGAAGGAUCGAGCAGUGGAGGCGCAGGCCUGCUACAGUCUGGGCAACACCUACACACUUCUCCAGGAUUAUGAGAGAGCCAUAGACUACCACCUCAAACACCUCAUCAUAGCCCAGGACCUCAAUGACAGGAUUGGGGAGGGCCGUGCUUGCUGGAGUCUGGGAAAUGCUUACACUGCACUGGGGAACCAUGACCAAGCUAUGCACUUUGCUGAGAAACACCUGGAGAUCUGCAAAGAGACUGGAGACAGGACAGGGGAGCUGACGGCUCGUAUGAACGUGUCUGAUCUCCAGAUGGUUCUGGGUCUGAGUUACAGCACGAAUAACUCCACGAUCUCAGAGAACAAGGAGAUAGACUACAGCCUGCAUGGAGCGAGACCCAGGAUGGGCAGAAGACACAGCAUGGAGAACCUGGAGCUGAUGAAACUCACUCCAGACAAGAUGAAUGGACAGAAGUGGAACAGUGACAUCCUGACCAAACAGUCCAAACCCUCCAUGACGAAGGGCUCCUCCAAGCUGUUCUUCGUCAGCCGUCUGCGUGGGAAGAAGUUCAAGUCUGGUGGCUCCAGUAAGGUCCUGCAGGACACCAGCAACACCCUGGACAGCAGCCAGACCCCCGCACAGGGGCCACAGAAGAGACUCAGUCCUGACAUGCUGGGAGACGAGGGCUUCUUUGACCUGCUGAGCCGUUUCCAGAGCAACCGCAUGGAUGACCAACGCUGUUCAAUCCAGGAUAAGGGCAGCCGGUUAUCGCUAAGCAGCGGCCCAGAGUCGCCUCCCACAGUCAUCAGGAAAUCUGUAUCAGAGUCCGCCAACGUGUCAGGCGCACAGGGCCGGCGGUUAGAGGGGCCGUCAGCAGCGGGGGGGAGCCUGCCCGGGCUCAGGCUCCAUCACAACAGCAACCAGGCGGUGCUCAGCCACCUGAUGGCCAACGCCGACAACGCCGAGCCUGACGACGACUUCUUCGAUAUGCUCGUCAAGUGCCAGGGGUCCCGUUUGGAUGACCAGCGCUGUGCCGCUCCCCCUCCUCCAAUCAGAGGUCCGACUGUACCUGACGAGGACUUCUUCAGCCUCAUCAUGCGCUCUCAGGCCAAACGGAUGGACGAGCAGCGAGUCGCCCUCCCGUCUGCAGCGAACACUACAGCCAGGCCGAGCACCAACUCCUAAACUCAGCACUACGGUGUGGGGGGUGUG